GAGCUGGAAUGUGCAUUGCCAGGCCUUGUGGAGUGGCAGGGGAGGCCUGGAUGCUCAGCUAAUGACAACACACAGAACAUGGCUUUAAGAUGCCAGGAAGCAGUUGUGAGAUUUCAACCAAGAAUAGAUCAGAACACAAGCAUUUCUCCAAAAGAAGCAACUGAUCAAUUUAACAGCUUAGAUGAGAAUUCUUUGUUGAAGCUACAAGCCCUGGAAACAGAUCUGUGCUCUGCAUUUCUGCCAACCCAGGAAGAAACUCCUCAGCUGCCGGCGCCCAAGGAUACAUCCCCUUCAUCCAUCCAAACCAGUGUGCAAGCUGAUGGGGCCAGUUGUGGAGAGCCUGUGCCAGCACGCAGAGACUGGCAGAAUGACAUGGAGAGCAGCCCACAGGAACACCACUCCCUAGGGACCAGUCGUCUGCUCUAUCACAUUACAGAUGGAGACAAUCCUCUUUUGUCACCACGCUGCUCUAUCUUUAGCCAAAGCCAGAGAUUUAACCUAGACACGGAGUCUGCCCCUUCUCCACCAAGUGCUCAACCUUUCAUGAUGCCAAGAAGUACUUCUAGAUGUAACUGUGAAGACUGCAAGGAACCACAGACAGUAACACAACUUACCAAGCAUCUUCAGAGCCUCAAGAGAAAAAUUAGGAAGUAUGAAGAAAAGUUUGAGCAAGAGAAAAAGUAUCUGCCUUCUCAUGGUGACAAGACUUCCAAUCCUGAAGUUCUGAAAUGGAUGAAUGCUUUGGCCAAAGGUCGUAAGCAGCUCAAAGAGCUGAAACUCAGAAUGUCAGAAGAGCAAAACUGUACCUCCACAGCAUCCCAAAGAAAUGAUCAUUGUGAAAGCACAGGGACCUCUAAAGAGGCUGUGACACAGGAGGCUACGAGCAUGGAACCAGCUCCCUCAGUAGAAGAAACCAUGGACAGUGUGCUGAGACGACUAAAGGAGAAAAGACAACACUUUAACCUUCCUGAGACAAUUAAGGAUAUGACAAAAAAGCAAAUGGCUUUGGAAAAAAUCAAUCUUCAGAAAUGUCUGCUCUAUUUUGAGAGUAUUCAUGGACAACCUGUAACUAAGCAAGACAAAAGUCUCAUGAAACCUCUUUACGACAGAUACAGAAUUAUCAAGAAACUUCUUGCAGCUCCAUCUUUGAUCACAACAAUUCAGGAGGAGGAAGACUCAGAUGAAGACCAUUCUCAAAGCAGCCAUGAGUUAUCAUCUGGCCCAAUGUCUUGCUUCCCUGUUGAAGAACACCUGUGUUACUCUCAGGAAGAGAGUGAGCCUGCAUAUGUUUCACCUCUGGAUGAAAAGAAAGUUUACAGGCAAACAGCCUUGUCUAUGUCCAAUUUACAUGAGGCAACAAUGCCUGUUCUGCUUGAACAUCUCAGAGAAACAAGAGCAGAUAAGAAAAGGCUUCGCAAAGCUCUGAGAGAGUUUGAGGAGCAAUUCUACAAACAGACAGGAAGGAGUCCUCAAAAAGAAGAUCGGGUGCCAAUGGCUGAGGAAUACUCUGAAUACAAGCACACAAAAGCCAAAAUCAGGCUCCUGGAGGUUCUCAUCAGUAAGCAUGAUAUUUCCAAAACGAUCUGAAGGGAAUUCAAUGCUGUGAUAUUGCUAUCUAG